AUGGACCUACUACAUGUACACCAGCUAAGCAAUGAGGACUUCGAAAUGUUGCAGCACCUCAACGAUAUCUUGCAUCUAUUCCAGCACCGCAACAAAAAUCAGCAUAGACGAAGUGUAUGGUGGCGACACUUUUCAGUAUACAAGAAACGUCUGGAACAGAUAGUGUCUCGGCUAUCGGAGCUCCGUGAGGUCCCGAGUACCCAUCUUGCACGCACCAAGAAGCAGGCCGAGGACGAAAGUGUGAAAUUUCACCUGCAGCAAAGUCUGGGUCUUUGGCGCGAUGUCCUUGUCCCUGGAUGGCAGCAUGCCUUCUCCCAGCUAGCUGCUGAUGGCCGCUUCGCGGUACUGGGACUUGUGCUGUUGAGUGUCUUGGCCGAAUCGUGCCGUCUCCUUGGUAUCACUGCGGCUUUCGAGGAUCUGGGCCAGCAUGAGAUUGAGCAAGUGCUUGAGCAGUUUGGAGAGGAAUGGCAGCCCGGUCGUGCUGGCCCCGGAGGUUUGGACAAGCAGCGUGAAGACGUUGGAGAGGUCAUCAUUCGAGAUGCUGAAGUAGGCACAGAUGCUGUCACUGGUGUGACCACAACCAGUUCUGCUAAAGCAAGUGGACCUCAUGACCCUGCUUCACAAUCAAAGGGCCCAGAGAAGGCUGUCAGUAGCGUUCACACGAAGCGACCUGCCAGCAAGAUAAUUAUCGGCAUAAAAAACAAGACGAAGACGAAGAAGAGUAAUGCAAUCGACGAUCUGUUCGAUGGUUUUGGAUGA